AUGACAACAUUCUCGUCCAUUCCCCCCUAUAUCCUCGGCGGCGCCUGUGUCAGCCGUGGAGUAAUGGCUCUCCUCUCACCACGAAAAGAGUACGGCCAUGUCGGUCUUCUCCUAGAACCUAGCAAAAUAAACACCGAAGGCGGUUCUGUUUCACCUCUGAUGUACUUCAAGGGUCUUCGUGAGAUAUCAUAUGGUCUUAUGUUGAUGGCACUGCAAUAUCAGGGCAACGAGAGCGCCGUGACGACGUUUUCCGCGAUAUUGUCAAUCGUGAGACUUGGUGAUGGGUUGGUUGUCUGGAUGAACGGCGGUGAUGAGCUGCGAUAUAAAGCUGCUGGCCAUUGGAUUACAGGACUGGGGUUUGUUGGAUGGGUGAUUUGGAGAUGGAGUUACUAG